AUGAUUGUAGCGAUAUUUUCAUCGGCCACCUGUGACAUUAGCGACUCCACAAGAUGCCCAGUGCCACCGCCGCAACUGGCCGGCGACGAGGACGAGGAUGCGGCGGUAUCCGACAUUGCUGCACUGAUCGAAGGAACUUCUGCCGCUCCACCUGAAACGCGCAAGCUUACACACUCACAAACUACGAUGACAAAAAUAUCCUUGCAAUAA